AUGGUUUCCUAUCUUGGCAAUGGCAUCACGUUCCCGACUGCAUAUACGAAUGAUCUGAAGGCCUCUGGGAUCGCUUUUCCGGUCAUUGGGCUGAUCCUGCUUGUUCUUCGCGCUCUACUCAGCAUAUCGAAGAAGAUCAAAUUUGGAUGUUCAGAAGCGUUUGCGGUCAUAUCAUGGCUCAUGAUCGUUGGAAUGGGCGUAAUUUUCGUAUGGAGCGCUGAGAACGGCGGUCUCGGAACGGACACGCCCACCGAUGGACCUCAAUUGACCAAGACGUACAUCUCCCGCUUCCAGUGGAACGUGGUUUUGAGCGAAUACUUCUUUUUGAUCUUUAUGUCGGUGGCGCUGGGAACUACCAAGUUGAGCCUCUUGUUCUUCUUCCGCAGGGUCCUCGCAACGGGUCAUCGCAACGUCUGGAAUCACAUCAACAUGUUGCUCAUCGUGGUGGUAAUCCUCUUCACCGUCACGUUCACCUUUGGCUACAUCUUCGUGUGUGGUGGCAAUCCUUCUGCGUUCUGGAGUCCGAACAACAUACGCGCACCGCAAUGCCUCUCCAUCAAGGGUGGUUUGGCGACGUUCGAAAAGGCGAGCUUCAUUACGGACUUCAUCCUGGAUGUCAUAUGCAUCAUUCUUCCCUUUCCAAUCAUUUGGCGAUUGCAUCUCCCUCUUCGAUCGAAGAUUACGGUGAUAGCAGUGUUCGGCGUUGGUGUCGCGACCAUAGCCGCGAGCAUAGUGCGAGUGGUCAUCUGGAUCGAGAUCUUGGACACUGCUCACAAUCCGGUCAAAGACAUCAAUCUCGCCGUAACCCUGGCGCUGCAAUGGGGCAUGAUUGAAGCUGGACUGGCGUUCUUCGUAUCACAACUCCCCGCUCUCGGUGCUUACCUGAACAAGUCUUCUCGUGAAGAUAUAGCCAAGACGAUCCGUUACGCAGCCAGCGUUAUUAGUAUAAGAUCAAAUUCCAGCACUGAGUCGAGGAACCGCCGCAGCGUCGAAAAUCAUACGGGAGCUUACAACUACGAGCUGAGUCAAAUGCGCCGCGAGCAUGGAGAUGACGUUCAAGGCGAGGGUGUUGAUGAGAUGAAGAGCAGCAGUUCGCAUAUUGGGAAGACAAGUGAUGUGUAG